AUACAAUCAUCACCAUACCCCUCUGAACCACAUCUCCUAAACCUGUCAACCCUCGAUCAGGAUGCACAAGACUUGGCCCUUGCACUACAAAACUUGCGGCCACUGAGUAAGGCAUACGCAACGACAGCGUACGCAGAUGCCUUCAACUGGUCCGAAGUCGUCGCCUCCCUCCCCCCAACAUUCAACACCAACACCGAAAAGCGGCGGCGUGCAGAAUACUACAUCAUCGCCUUCCACUCCCGCCUCCACCCCCUCACAACCCCCCACGACCGCACAACCCUCUCCCACCUCGACUCCGCCGCCCACGCCGAAGCCAACACUCACGGCGGUCUACUGAAAUACUGGUUCGGGGAUGCGGAUGAGGACACCUCGGGCCAACGACGGAAUUUGGCGACGUGUGUGUGGAGGGCGAGGGGGGAUGCGAGGAGGGCUGGACGGGGGCCGGCGCAUGCGAGGGCGAUGGGGGCAGUUGGGGGGAGGUAU